AUGGCAUCCAACGGCUUGUGUCCUUCAAUUAAAAACAUUCUUCUUUUAGAUUCUGAAGGGAAGCGUGUGGCAGUCAAGUAUUACUCAGAUGACUGGCCAACAAACAGUUCAAAAUUAGCUUUUGAGAAGUUUGUGUUCACUAAGACUGUUAAGACAAAUGCGCGGACAGAAGCGGAGAUAACACUGCUUGAGAACAAUAUCAUUGUUUACAAAUUUGUGCAAGACCUGCAUUUCUUUGUCACUGGUGGUGAUGAUGAAAAUGAGCUCAUCUUGGCAUCCGUUCUUCAGGGUUUCUUCGAUGCAGUCACCCUUUUGCUGAGGAGCAAUGUUGACAAAGGUGAGGCACUUGAGAACUUGGAUCUCAUUCUUUUAUGUCUUGACGAGAUUGUCGAUGGAGGGAUUAUACUUGAAACAAAUGGACCUCUAAUUGCCGAAAAAGUGACCUCUCAUAACAUGGAUGCUGAUGCCCCCUUAUCAGAGCAGACACUAACUCAGGCAUGGGCUACAGCCAGAGACACUUUCACAAGAACUCUUCUAACAUGA